CGAAACAGUGAACGAGAAGUAUUGAUUUUUUUAACUUUUGUUCUUUCUUUUUUUUUUUUUAUUAUAUUAGCUCGCUUCUUGCAAUCCUUACAUUAUUAAUUUAUCAAAUCACCACAGACCUACCGACCCAUUAGAUGAAGCAGAGCCACAUCUUUUUAUGGGCCUUAUUUUUUGGCUCUUCAACAAUUUGCCAAGCUAGAAGAGUAGAACUCGAUUGGAAUUUAGGAUAUGAAAUUAUCAAUCCUGAUGGACUGCAUGAAAGAAGGGCGAUCACCAUUAAUAAUCAAUGGCCACCUGAGCCUGUCAAAUUAACCAUCAACGAUACACUUGUUAUUCAUGUUCAAAAUGACCUUAAUGAACCAACAACACUUCACGCACACGGCUUAUUACAAAACCAUGGUACUAAUACGCACGACGGUGCAGCUAUGGUGACUCAAUGUCCCAUUCCUCCCCAUUACAACUUUACUUAUGAAUAUCCUGUGACACAAGCUGGGACUUUUUGGAUCCAUAGCCAUUUCAAAGUGCAGUAUAUGGAUGGUCUACGGGUACCUUUAAUAGUAACGGACCCUAACGAUCCUUAUAGCUAUGACGAAGAAGAGAUUAUUACAGUGUCAGACUGGUACCAUGAGGACUCCUAUACAAAUCUUGAACAAUAUAUGAACGAGGAAAAUAUUGAAGGUGUUGAACCAGUGCCGCAAUCCGGCUUAAUCAACGACCACAUCAACUCAACAUUCCACUUUAAACCUGGAAAGACCUACCGAAUUCGCUUGAUUAAUAUGUCUGGCCUUGCUGUAUUUAAAGUGGCAAUAGAUGAUCAUGAAAUGACUGUUAUUGAAGUCGACGGUGUCCUCACAGAACCUGUCGAAACAGCCAUGGUUUAUAUGGCUCCCGGUCAGCGUAUUUCCGUUUUAUUAAAGACAAAGGAUACGACUGAUGUUAAUUAUCAUUUACGUGCUUCCAUGGCUCCUGUUAUGUUUGACUAUAUUCCCGAGGAUCUGGAUUUAACUGUAGUUGCACCUGUUUACUAUGACGAUUCCCACAGUAACUUUGCUCCAAAAGAUGACUCCAAGCCUACCCGUUAUGACGAUGGUGCGAUUUUCCCCUUGAAAAAAGCACCCUUGUUGUCUCCUGUCAAUCGUCAGAUCAACAUGACUAUCGCUUUUAUGAAACAUACUGACGGUUUGAAUCACGGAUUAAUUAACGAUCGUCCUUAUUUACCACCGUUAGUCCCCACAUUGCAUACUGUCUUUACCGUGGAACCUAAAUCUCUCGUCAAUAAUACUGACAUUUAUGGUCCUCAGACCCAAGUCUCCCUCUUGGAGCUGAAUGAUAUUGUAGAAGUGGUUAUCAACAAUUUAGAUGAUAGUCCCCAUCCUUUCCAUUUGCAUGAUCACAUGUUUCAAGUGGUCGCUCGUGGCUCCGACGGUGUUUAUGAUCCAAAUCGCCAUAAAGCCAUUUAUCCCGAAAAUCCCACGUUUCGUGACACCAUUGGUGUUCCCAGUAACGGAUUUGCCGUCUUACGGUUCCGUGCCGAUAAUCCAGGCGCUUGGAUUUUCCAUUGUCAUGUAGAUUGGCAUGUACCGGCUGGUCUGGCUGCGGUCUUCAUUACCGCUCCACAGACAGUGCGGGAGAAAAUGACUUUUCCUCACGAGUUAAUCGAACUAUGCAAAGUAGGUGGACAACCGGCCAAAGGCAAUGCAGCGGGCAAGCAAGGUCUGGACUUGGAAGGCGCACCUGAUGGUGUCCGACCUAUCGAUGAAUUAGUGAACAAUAGUAAGAGGGAUUGGAUGAUCACAGGUCUAAUAGCUACGCUGAUUGGUGUUAGCACGAUUGUCUGGCAUACUUGGGUAGACCCAGGCCCAGUUGAUGAAGAUAGUGAGAGAGAAGACGAACGCAAACCCUUGAUGGCAGAAAAAAGAAAAGACGAUCAAGUAUCUUCUCUUUAACACAGUAACAUGAAGCCGUAUCUUCUUUCAUUACUAUAUAGCCCAAUUAGAAUCCGUAAUACAAGUACAUUAUCUGUUACUACAAUUUGUAAUAACGCAAUUUCCUUUAGUAUUUAAUAUAAGCGCAAAAACUACCUGAUUAUUUUUCUGCUGUUAAGAUUAGUAUAGACAAGAAUGAGAGCAGGAGACAUUUAAAGACGAACAGAGUAAAGGGGCACAAAGGACGAGACAAGCGAAAACGAGG